UCGAACAUGGUGUAACGAUGUUAUCUAGUACAUCUUUACGAAAAGAAUCAAUUAUCGAGCCCAUUACUCUCGCGUUAGUGAGGUUUGUUGAUCUGAAUAUCAGUGGUGAAAAUUCAGUGGCCCAAAUGUAUUCGGGAAUUGGUGCAUGUUCGGUGUUCACGACGUAUUAAUGACUGGAAUCUGUUUUUGCAAAUUUCAUUUCCGGAUAUUUUAUAGUUCGCUGCUCAUUUCAAGAAUAAUCAUCGCGAUGAAUGAAAAUCUAAAACUCAGACGUAUGGCUGAGGCAAAGCUUCCGACCGAAUUUGGCCACUGUUUGAUCGUCGGUUUCGAAGAAAUCUCCAGUGGACGUGAUCAUAUCGCUUUAGUCUACGGUGACAUCACCACUCCUGAUCCUGUGUUAUCCCGAAUACACUCAGAAUGCCUUACCGGAGACACCCUUUUCAGCUUGAAAUGUGACUGCGGCCAUCAACUAGGUGCAACUUUGUCCCAAAUUGGUCAAGAAGGUAGAGGUGUUUUGCUGUAUCAUCGUCAAGAAGGUCGUGGUAUAGGACUUGUGAAUAAAAUACGAGCUUACGCUUUACAAGAUAAAGGUCUGGAUACUGUAGAGGCUAAUUUACAGUUGGGAUUCAAACCUGACGAGCGAGAUUUCACAUUGUGUGCUGAUAUGUAUAAAUUAUUGGGCGUUAGAGCCGUUCGCUUGAUUACUAAUAAUCCGCUAAAAGUUGAUAUCUUGAAGAAGGCAGGAAUCAAUGUGGUUGAACGAGUUCCCAUCGAAGUUGGUCGUAAUGGUAACAACGAUCGAUAUCUUAAAGUUAAAGCUGAAAAAUUGGGACAUUUGUUCAAAAAUUGUAACGAAAAAUGAUACAAUACGUGAAGAAUGACGAUAUUUCUGUGGUUGACAUCUCGAAAGGAACAGUCAAAAGGUAAAAUUAUGGAAGCUAGGAAUUAUCGGAAAGAGAAUAUGGAUACUAGAGUGUGCCUUAUUUAUGCAUGAUGGGAAAUUUUUUUUCCACGUCCCACCCUUUAGAAAAAAUUAUUUUAUUUUAUUUUUUUUGAAAAGAAGUUACGUAUUUACAGACACUCUGAAAGUAGAUAGAAAAACUAGAUAAUUUGUUUAAUUUUUUAUUUUGACGCAGAAACAAUAAGGCACACCCUAAGUACUUUUUUGGGUGAUUAAUGAGAGCAGAUUUGCAUAUUUUUAGAGAAAUCGUUCACCUUUGCUGCAGAUACCAGUGUGAUUCCCUGUUGGCGAAAUUUCACUUCUGAUUUUCUUCUGUGAUUCGAUGAUUAUUUUUUUUUCAUUUUUUUACCAUCGUGUUAUAUUUUUAUGUAAGUACCUAAUCAAUGCAUUGAAAUUUUUAAAAAAUAAAACGUCUUUUUUUGUAAUUA